AUGAAUCUAAACGACAGGUUGAUAUUCGAUUGGGUUAGCGAUGGGGUUGUUGGUGACCCUCGUAAUGGUAAGGAUGUUCUAUUUGUGGCCAAGGAAUUGACUGACUCAUACAAAUCAGGCAUCACACUGGCAGGCACCAUUAAGCUGCUCUUCGACCAAGGUGCCAUCGCGAUUGUGCCUAUGCCCGGCAUCAUGCAAAGUCCAACUAAAUGGAGGUGUGUUGUCUUGGACGAAUCAAAGAACGAGAACGUCAUCUGUGCCUCCAGCUCGGGUGGAUUCUAUAUGAAACUGAAAGAUAUUGACGAUAUGCCACUGACGUUCCUUUCCGACAAUCGUCCUCGACCGCGGUAUUUGUACUUCUGUUUCAUGCUUGCGUACCUGAAUGCAAAGGGCCGAGGUGCUAGUGACGCUGUUGCGAAAAAGGUUGAAGCCACGCGUUUUUGGCCAUGCACCGGCGAGUACCUUAAUGGGUCAACCCUGGUUACAUUAGCCCGUAGUGUGUUGGGGUCGGAACUCCCUGAAUACCUUGUUCAAGGAAAGACUUUUGACUCCGGUGAUACCUCCACUCGCGACGCUGAUGCUGGAACUGUGCUUGGAGCUGAUGUCCGUGACGCAAUUCUUGCUAUGAACAGUCUCUAA